CACCGGCCUGGGGAGCUCGGGGAUGGCCACCGCCCGGACCCGCCGCCGAGCCCCUCGCUUCCGAUGGGCAGGAAGCCAGGCGACCACGUGGACCCUGGGCGCGCCCGCGAGGCCGCGCGCAUGCCCGGACGGCCGAAGAGGGUUCUGCGCUCUCCGUCCUCGCUCGUCGGGCCGCUGCCAGGCGGGUACAUGCCAGUGGAGCAGCAGGACGUGGAGGUGGGUGCGCCGGCGGAUGCCGCGGGCGCUGCGGCGCCCAAGGCCCGAAAGCGCCGCCGCGAGCUGCUGUCCACGCUGGUGCCCGCCGCGCAGGUGGCCUCUGGGUUGCUGGGCACGGCGUUCUGCAGCUCGGUCUACGACCAGCUCCUGCCUCGUGUCGCACUGGAGGCGGGAGCGCUGGAGUCCUGGUACCUCGGGUGGCUGCCCGCGGCAUUCCCUUUGGCGGACCCGGCGUCCGACUUGUUCCUCUCCACGUAUCUGGGCGUCCGGAUAGACGCUUGCGGGGGCGCGGACGGCUUCGGCCUGCGGGACUCGUACAGGCUGCCUCUGCUGUACGGUUACACGUGCUUGAUUAUG